GGUAGCCCGUAACAAAGGAAGCCCAAAACACAUGCCGUGUUUUGGAAAUGUGGCGGGUUUGGCGGGUUUAGUUCUAGUAGCAUUCGCACCAAAGAAAUUGUGACAACACAGGAUUUAAGCGAUUAUGAAUAGCCUUAGUAUCUAUGAAGAAGCAGCACGUCGUCUUGAAGAGGCUGCUUGGGAAUGUAGCAAAAGCGAAGGUGUUGAUCUUGACUUUCUCAUUGUGAACAUUCGGCAAACUGAGCAGAUGGUUGCCUCCAUCAAGAUAAAAGAGCAGGACCCGAUUAGACUGAAUGCCCUACAUCAGCUGUCAGUUAGUCUUGCCCAUCAACUUGAUGUGCUUGUUGCUAAAAGGUCACAACUCAACCAAGUUGUUGCAGAUGCAGGGCCAAAGACCAACACAGGACCUGCGAAAGGUUCAAAAGCAGUUAACAAAAAACUUGAUGACGAUGUCAAGAGCCGCAGGGUUGCUAUUGAGGAUACCAUUGUUGAGGGUGGUCAAGUGGCGUUCUCUGAUGUUGCUGGGCUCGCUGCAGCUAAGGACACGCUAAGAGAAGCCAUUAUUAUGCCACUUCAAUUCCCUCACCUCUUUACAGGUGGUAGGAAGCCCUGGCGUAGAGUGCUAUUAUAUGGUCCACCAGGCACAGGUAAAACAAGGCUAGCACAAGCUGUUGCGUCUGAGGUCAACUCGACUUUCUACAGCGUUUCAAGCGCGGAUCUCAUCUCAAGCUGGGUCGGUGAGAGUGAAAAGCUAAUCAGGGAGCUGUUCCACGACGCAAGGAAAAGGGAAGGGCGCUCGGUUAUCUUUAUCGAUGAGAUCGACAGUGUUUGCAGGAAACGAAGCACACGCGAGGAGGAACACACGAGACGCGUCAAAACUGAACUACUGAAACAGAUGGAAGGAACAGACAGCCUGUCUCUCAGCGGUCAGUACUUCCUCCUGUGUGCGACUAACUGCCCUUGGGAACUAGACAGCGCCUUCAUACGACGAUUCCAAAAGAGAAUCUACAUUCCUUUACCUGAACAAGACGCUCGUAUCAGCCUCAUCAAGAUGCACUUGGGCACCACGCCUGCAUGUCUGACUGAGAGGGACUGGUGCGUACUUGGGGAGAAGACCCGCGGGUUCUCGGGUAGCGACCUCGCAAAUUGCACAUCUGACGCCGUUUUCGAGCCUGUGAGAGAACUGCAAAGGUCCACACACUGGAAGCAGCAGGCAGACGGUGGUUUUGAGCCGUGCAGUGAGGGUGAACCCGGAUGUGUCACGUGUUUAUUGAAGGACCUACCGCCACAGAAGGUCACGCCUCGCCCCGUGGUACUCGAAGACUUCAUCAGAUCACUCUCCCACAACGGGAGCACCAUUACCGAUGAAGAACUGGACAAAUUCACGGUGUUUACCAAGUCUUACGGACAGAAAGGAUGAACAAAAUUGCACCAUUACCCACGAUCUGGACAAAUCUACGGUGUUUACCAAGUCUUACGGACAGGAAGGAUGAACAAAAUUAGCAUUCUUAUAGGCCAUCUUUGACGCGCGAAUCAAUGGGGGACGGGACCAACGUUAUUCCCAACCUUGUCCCAAGGGUUUUCUCGGUCGUAAUAUUGAAAGCGGUGGUCACUCUCAAGAUGGCGGAGUGUCGAAAAAGAAAACCCUGGAUGAAGUCUAAACAACGGGAAACCACGUGACCACCUAAAGAGAAUCCAAGAACGGAAAUGAUGUUGAAAGGAGACACGUCAAAGAUGGAUGCGGCGCGGGUAAUUUGUUUUUCACUACAAAUACACAGUCCUACUCCCGUAUGAAGGCUAGAUUAGAGCACAACGAUGGAAUUAGUGUAAGGCCGUAAUAGAUGCAGAGGCAACCAGAUUAAAUGAUAAUGCGGAGAUCGGGUUACUCCACCCGUUUGCCGAUCACAAAA